CCAAACAUAAGCCAAUGAAAGGUACUAUUAAAAUAGGAAUUUUCCGAUAGCAGCUUCAACACGCGAUCCAUGCCGGAACAUUCCAGAUUCAAGGUGAUGGCCGUUUUGUAGCGCUCGUAAAACAUAUUUCGGUGGAAUUGGUGUUCGAAGUGUAUCUUGCUUACGUCGGUGUAAUAAAUGGUACCGAGAAAUGAUUGACUAAGUGCUUUUGCUAUGUGGAUCACAUCUUGAUCGACAGAUUCCUGUGCGCAGUGGAGCAAUAUUAGACUGGUGAUGGAACGUUGUUGCAAAAACUCUUCAAUCAAUUGAGUCCGGGAGAAACACUGCGAAUGAUUUGGUGCUUGCAGCAGAAACAGUGCACAGAGCACUAGUUUCAUUUCGGUGAAGUUGUGACCGAAAACGGUUGCAAAACAGACUAAGAAAAUUGUUGACGGUAACUACCGAUGCAAAUUGUUUUGCGAAGCGUAAUUGUACAAAUCGAAACACUGCUUCAGCCAGCAGUAGAAGGUAACUACAAAGUACUCCACCGACCAUCAAAACGAAGGCAGACAAGACAUCGUACAAUUCCACCGGUUCCGUCUGAUGACUGUCUUUGAUGCACCUAGGACGUGGCGCAUCGAGCCUGGUAAUACGCCAAGAUGCCAUAUUCACGAAGGAUCUAUAAAUGACGUUUAAACAACUCCUUCAGCGGGCUGCCUUUCCCCAAAGGGAUAUGGAUAACUCGGUUUCUGCAAUGAGUUCGCUGGUAUAGUAACACUAAAAACAGGAAAAAUAUUCCAACUACUUAAAACGUGAGUAUAUCCGCAAGAUGUUUCACAAUGGAAAGCAUGUCCACCCUGACCCUGACUAGAGCAAUUCCAGUGGAAACGUGUACAAAUCCCUCCCUAUUAGGUUGGAUCCGUCUGCGAUAUAGAUCGAUCGCGACGGGAUCUUUGGUUCACUGCAAAAAAUAUAUUUAGGAUGUCGAAAGAUUGUGUAGAAUCUUGCCAUGAAACCAGGAAUGAGGGAGGCAUGUUAGUGGUGUGUAACCGACCCAGUAAAACCUGCCCCAUCAACAUACUUUCUACGGGCCAUUUCUAAAGUAGAAUCGAAGAUUGACAUGCGUUCCGUUUGCAAGGAGACUGACACCAUGAAAAAGUCGACCUGCUUGGUUUGAAACUGUUCUAUAACGCCCAAAGUCAAGUCGAUGCCGAUUACAUCCAAACGCCAGGAAGAUGCUAAAACGAGUUUUAAUCUGUACGAGAAGAAAUAUUUGCAAUAUUUAAACUCUUAAAGAAUUUGCGGCGACGUAGAAAAUCACCUAAAAUUUAGCUUCUUCUAUAUUAUCUUUCUAAGCUGAUAAGCAAACUUUGGUGCAUUGUGCGCCCUGGGCUUAACGGGAACAGAGCUAAGAUACACUUCGACACUGUCUGGUUGAUGUUGGUUCAUGCUCUAUAGAUAAGAAAUGGAAAAAAUCUUUAUGUAUGGAGCAUAAAACCAUAGACAAUCAAUAUAUUUACCGAUACAAUAUCUCGUAAUACAAUCUGCUGAAAAUUUUCUCUUCUAUGGUUUGCUUUGUACCAUCCUUUCGUCAGUGUAGAAUCACCCAGAUAAACAUACGAUGGCAUUCCACCACGUGACCUUACACUGCCGUAUAUAUCAUAUACUGCGUAAGCAUUCCGCGUAUUACCACGUAAUACUCCAACGUAAUAUAAGCAUCGAUGGCAUCGAAAAAGACAUCGAAUCGUUUACAUUGUGGACUCCGAAAAAUAGCCAUCUGUCCGAAGAAUUGAAACCAUCUGAUCGAGAUGCUUGUUGUAAGAACGGCGGAUGGUUGUUGCAUUCCAGAUUCAGUACAAAUCCCAGCCUAUGCAACGAUGAGCGUACAACGAUGGACGAUGGGGGAAUUUUAAUCCAGUCUCCUUUGUUUGUUCUACCAAUGUCAAUGUAAGCCACCAGACCAGUAAAGCUUUUGCGAAGAAUGCGUGACCAACCGGUCGCAUCUUGAUCGGAUCGAUCCCGGUGGCAAUAGAUCACGAUGAAACUGUUUGUUGCCGAAAGCUGUAUAAAAUGCUUUAUUACAAACCAUCGCCCAAAGACAACGGAAACUGUGGAAAGCGCUAGCAAAAUGGAACGAACCAUUCGUGGGAUACUCUGGACACAAUAAAUGUAUCCGCAGGCGAUGAGAAGGUGCGUGGCAUAAGUAUCUACUGCAAGAGUUACUCAAUUAGUGUUAUUAUCUCUGGACAAGAAAAUUAGGGUGGGGUGGCAUAUUUGCAUUAUAUGCAGCUUAAUAAUGUUGAUUACGCUUUUCAGACCACUUUUCCAACUUUUGAUUGUCAGUUGUUGAACAAUCUUCGACACGUACGCAACCAUGAGGUUCUGGGUGUUUCUGUUGCUUUCAGUUGCGCCUUCCCUUGCCAUAGUAAACGAACGUUUAGUGCUUGAUUUAGUCAACUGGCAACAUCUGAGGGUGGUAUAUGUUUUCCAUUGCGUUAACCAGCAACAUGGUUCGUGUGGGAGAAAGCGCUUUCUUGGCGAUAUCAUAAAUCACCAAACUUUCUCUUGGUUUGUUUUUCCUCUGGGACAGAAUUCAUUCACCUGCUACACAGCGUAAGAAAAAACCGCACGGAAAGCAUGUCCUUCGUGAAUGUGGCAAGUUUUAGUGAGCAGAAAUUCGUUACCUCACUGGAGCUGGUUCAUGUCAGGGUUGGUUUCAUGGCCGACAUGAACUGUCCCGGCAUGAACAGUGUAUUACCGAUACUUACCGAACGAGGUUAUUUCAACGGUGAACGGUUCCGUUGGUUUCUGUACGGGUUGCGUGCAAUUGAGGAGAAUAGGACGUUUCUCCAGAAACUCCACAUAACCGUUUCUUCUAAUGUGCUUUUGCUUCUACCGGCUGGAACGGACAAUGCAGUUCUUAACGUUCGUGGCCAGUGGAUGGGGAAGACAUGGGAUGUAAGCUUUCUACAGGCUGGUAGUUGGAGUAUUGCCACUGGUUUAAACAUGUGGGAUACAAGAAGCGCUUACGAGAAGCAGUUGAACCUAUUCGGAAUGCAAUUGUCCGGUAUCAGUAAGACUAAAACGAUAUAUGGCGACAGAACAUUAGAGGGUGAAAUGCAGACUAAUCGAGCUUAUGGACUUCAACUGUGGAACGUAUUAUCUAUGGUGCACAACACGAGCAUCACGGAGAACUUCUCAACGAACUAUGACGAUCAACUGGCAGACGUUAUCAUUGAACCUGUUGUGAUCAAACAAGAAGAUUUAGCCAAACUUGACUACACUGCAGCAGUUCAAGAUACGCAGUAUGUGGGAAGCUUAUACGGCAGAUCUCUAAUCCUUUGUUUUUACUCCACAUUUUUUUCUCUUAACCAUAGGACAAUUCUACUGUUUUUACAUCCGGAAGUUGAUCGUACGAGGAACUCCAUUUUGCGUCCCUUUAGCUUCUUAACGUGGAUUGCUAUUGGUUUCCUAAUAAUAUGCUUUACAUUGCUAAUGUACAAAACAUUUAUGUUCGAGCAAGAAGUGGAUCGCACGAAAGUCCAACGGGACCGGGAAAAUGGUUUUUUCGUGCUUGUGAUGGGGAUACUUUGUCAGCAAGGUUUCAUCGAAAGCAGCAGAUCGUCCGCGAGCCGUUUGACGCUGUUCACCAUGUUGGUCUUUAGUGUGCUAAUUUAUCAGUUCUAUCUGACACACAUCGUUAGUAUGUUGCUAGUGGUACCACCGAAAAAUAUUCGAACCCUUGAGCAAAUGGUAGCAAACAAGUUUGGUGUAGCAGUGGAAAAUGUACCAGAAAGUGUGGAGCUUCUAAAUGCCACGGAGGAUAAAUAUUUGUUGACGCUGGUUCAAACGCAGAUAUCUAGAACGGGCACGGUGUACUACGAUAUAAAGGAAGGAAUUUCGCUCCUUCUUGAGCGUGAAAGAAGUGCCUUCGUUUGUGAUGCUAAUCGUGCUUAUCAACAGAUACGACACACAUUUACCGAUGAGCAACGGUGCGCCCUGCAGGAAAUUCCGUUAAUGGCUAAACAAUCCACCCAUCUGGCCCUGAGGAAAGAUCAUCCGUUGAAGGAACAGUUUCGUGUCACGGUGCAAAAGAUCAUCGCUGCCAGUAUGGUACAGUAUGAGCGGAAGCGUUGUUACGCGGACAAGCCAAGGUGUGCCGAAAAUGAGGUUAAAAUGCCGGAGGUUAACCUAGAUCAGGUGUCCUCGGUGCUGCUACUACUGUUCGGUACAAUUGUUUGUAGUAUCGGUGUGCUGCUGCUGGAAAUCACUGUCAGGAAGGUUUUGCCGAAGCGACACUGAGCUGCCGUGUCUCUGUACUGGACGGCUGGAAAGUUAAAUACUUCCGCCAUCAAACAUCAAUCAUUUCACUUGCAGAAAUGUUUUACUGGAAUUGUAAUUUGGGUUUUUGUAGACAAAAUAGUAUACGAUUGUGCUAGUUAAAACUGUAGCACUGUAGACGCCUGGUUAGGGGGAAGACGUUAAUACUAUUUGGAUAACGCUUUGUAACGUGUGUAAUUGCUGAAGAAUAAGACACACGCGGUUUAGUCGAUGAAAGCUGUAAAAGUACACCCGCAGAAAGGUCGUAAAUAAAGGGCACAAGCAAAAUGUUACUCACCCGAUCCGAAGUCACCCAUUCCUCCGGCAGUGUUGUACUAUGAUGGUUGGGUGAAAGCUUUUGAUGAUUAUUUACACGCAAACGACACCAGCAGCGACGUAAAGAUGGGAAAUGGCAACCACCGACAACACCAUAGUGAUAUUUCGUUUGUUAGUAGCGUCGGCACUGUUCGUUACGGUGUCCCGAAGACACGAAAUGACCGCAGUUGUAACACGGACCGCGAAACAUCGUUUUCCGUCAAUCGUAACUCUUCAUUCCAUAAAUCAAACCAACAACGUACUAGUAGUACAUGCUGGGCUGAGGAAUGUCACUUGUCUGCGAUGGGAAUUUGGCACUUGGACAGGACUUCCGGCCGUAACUCGGUUUGUACUUAUCGCUGGGCACAAAUAUUUAUCUGCUUGUUGGGUUGACUUUUAACUCACACAAUGCAUGAUAUACGAGCUUUUUGCACGAAACUCACAGAUUGCUUUGAUCUUUUGAAGGUGGCUAUUUUUUCACGUGAUGAUUAGUUUGCUACUUUGUCACUACACUGCACUACUGAUUUGACCAAUCUAGCACAGUU